AUGACUACUGCAGUGAGGCUCACAGAACAUGUAACAAGAGAGGACCAAGGGAUGGAAGGAAACUAUGUCCUUUAUGGAUCUUCUUGUGCCCAAAUCACUGAAGAAACAGAAUACAUAAAAAAGAUCAGAUCCACACUAGCAAAGAUUCAAAAUCAGCAGCCUUUCCGAGUGCCCAGAAAUGAGUUGGAGGGUGAGAAGGACACGCUUAACUCCAGCUACAAUCUAACCCUGGAAAAGCUGAAAGAGACCGACCAGCAGCUCUUGCUUGUGAACAGGGAGAAUGAAAUACUAAAGAUCAAGCUGGAUGCGACAAGAGAAGCAGGUGCACAGUCUCUAAGACAUGCCUCGAAAAGUCUAUAUGAGAAUUACUGCAGUCGGUCUGAAGAACUUAAGAAAAAGCAUGAAGAUGAUAAACAGCUGAUGCAGGCCUGCAAACUUGAGCAAGAGCAAAAAUUGAAACAAAAUCUAGAAAAUGUCAAUUGUGUAACUGAAAGACUCGAAGAAAAGUACAGCCGGAUUGCAGACAUGGAGAAACGAGUGCAACGAAUGGAAGAGGAAAAGAAAACAUUAAUAGAAAAAAAGCAGUCAUUUGAAGAGAAGCUUCUAUCAAACUCUGAAGAUACUAAGAGCUGUCUUGAUCUUCAAGUGGAGAUUUUCACGGUACAAGAACAGAUUUCUCACUUGCAGCAUGUGAUCCAGACCCAGCAUCAAAGCCUACGCAGUGUGAUACAAGAGAUUGAAGAACUGAACAACGGACUACAAAACCAAGAUAAAAAAAUUAAGGCUAUGAAAGAAAAGAUAAAUAUGCUUGAAGCUCAGAAUAAAGAACUUAAAUACAAGGUGGAAGUCUGGUCUGGUCAACCCAAGAUUAAAGUUUCAAAAGGUGUCUCAACAAUUUCAUCCAGGAUUGAUGGGGUGUCCCCCUACUCAUUGCUAGCUAGGCUACGGAAGCAAAAUGGCUAG